AGGUACGCCGGGCACACGUACAAAAAUCAUCCCCGGGAUUAAUCAUAUACGGUCCAGUUACCGCAGCCAGUCUUUCCGCCGGCUCUGGAAAUGCCUCCGCGGGUGGGACAACAGCUCCGGCAAUCCUGGCGCAACAACGGGCCGAAAAUCCGCCCAAGACCGAGGAGACGACCGUCCGUGGGUGACCGGAACCAUUCGGAAACUUUGGUCGUCGGAAAUGCGAACGCCACUGACCCGGCCACAAUGCCUCGCUGUCCACUCUUCCCUCCGAACCUGGUUGGACCAGUGGCGAUAUCAAAACAGCCUCCAGAGAUUGCGGAGGUCGAGAAGCUCUUCUCGGCUAGGCUCCAGAUGGGUGGCAGGGGUUUCCCAAAGGACUGCGAGGCUCGUUAUCGCGUAGCAAUCGUGGUGCCAUAUCGAGCCAGGGCUCAGCAUCUAUUAAUUCUACUCUACAACCUUCACCCGGUUCUGCUUCGCCAGCAGAUCGACUACACGAUCUUUAUAGUGGAACAAGAGGGUACCGUGCAGUUCAACAGAGCCAUGCUGAUGAACGUCGGAUACGUCGAAGCCCUGAAGGAGGGAUCCUUCGAUUGCUUCAUAUUUCACGACGUGGAUCUCCUGCCCGAAGAUGACCGAAACCUCUACACUUGCCCAGAACAGCCGAGGCACAUGUCCGUUGCGAUCGACAAAUUCAAGUACAGACUACCGUACGCCGACAUAUUUGGUGGUGUAUCAGCGAUGUCCAGGGAACAAUUUCGCCUGGUGAACGGGUUUAGUAACGUAUAUUGGGGCUGGGGUGGCGAGGACGACGACAUGGCGAAUCGUAUCAAGGCACACGGUCUCCACAUAUCGCGUUAUCCUGCAAAUAUCGCGAGAUACCAGAUGCUCUCUCACAAAAAGGAGAAGGCAAAUCCAAAGAGGUACGAGUUCCUGAAGAGCGGGAAGAAGAGAUUUGCAACCGACGGUCUUACCAAUCUUCAGUACGAAUUGGCGGAUAAGAAAAAGUUACAACUUUACACAUGGCUUUUGGUGAAACUUACUCCCCCUCAGCCCAGCUGAUGGCUGCCUUGGAUCGGCUAAUCGUUGAACCCGGACUCAUUCGCUGGGAUAAGAGUCUUGCGGUGCGAGUGUGUGCCUCCCCAUGUGUCUGUGUGUAUGUUACGUGACUCACCACAUAUGGUAUGGAUGCGUUAAAAAUGAUAAUAGUGAAGUGCAUUUACACUGAAUUUUUUCCUCUUGCAAGAUCAAUUGCAGAUAUACUUAGUAAUAUAUGUAUGUGCGUAUGUGUAUAUAUAUGUAUACGCAUGCAGACACAUAUAUGUACACAAUUCGCGUAAGCGAAAGCAGUCUUUUUUUCCUGCAUAAUUUGACACCGUAAACGUCUUUGUACAUUGAAGAUAAAUCGUUCCGAAAUGAGAGCGGCCAAUUUCAUUAUUUUUUUUUUUUUUUUUUUAUCAACGUGGUAUAUAUAUUUAGUUGAAGCUAGCUUGAGAUCUUGAAACUCAUUCGUAGAGGGCAAAAAGUAAAUUACCAAGAUACAAUUAUUAAAUGUAGUUUUAAGUUUUUAGAUCUUUUUGUAAUGCCAUCGUCUGGACUAUGUAUAACUUUCGCCGAUUUCUGACAAGUUACUUACCGAUUCACGUAAUAAUUUUAUGUAUAUUUAUCCUUAUUCUGCCGUAUUAGGAAUAGGUUUCACGCUUUCCGCAUUAUUUAUUAUUAAUGUAUUUUGUAUGUUAUUUUUUUUUUUUUUCUUUUAUCACGAUUACUGUUUUGAUGUAUUUUUUUUUCUUGUGCUCGUUCUCUUUUCCACCAUUUCAUAUUAACGUCAUUGAACGAUUUCUAGCAUACGUCUACGAGAAAAAACAAAAAAAAAAACAAAAACCAAACCUUUGAGUCAUUCCGUAAUUUUUGUCAUCCAGAUAGAAUCUCGAACAAGUUUUAAAAUAGGAUUCGUAACAUUUGCUAGAUAAUAACUGACGAAACUUAUACUCAUAAAUCAUAUCCAAAUUAUUUUCGUCAUUCACGAUUCCGAUGUAAUACACACACGUGCCAAAUAUACCUGAAAAUAUUAUGUGUCAUGAGAGAGGUGUAAAAUCGAUUUGCAAUUGUUAUCUCCUCGUUUACUGUAAAAUAUUUUUCCACUAUAAUUUCCAAACCAUUAAUAACACUUUUUGUUAUACGUACCAUGUACAGAAAGAAAGAUCUCCGAAUAAACACAACUACAGAUGUGGUAUUUGAGAUAUUGAUAUAAAAAAAGACGCUCAGUGAAAUAUCGUAAUUUUAGAAGAUACAUUUAUUUAUUGAUGAUUAUUUCUCGUGAAUAUAGAUGCAACGAUGUAUAUUUCAGCGUAAGACACAGGUUUUAGAGGAAGGGAAAAAAAUGUUAAUAAACCUUGUCACAUUUUAUUUUUAUCAGUAUAUUAUUAUUAUUAUUAAUAUUAUUAAAAUUACUAUUUAAAUCAUUGUUGAAAACACCUGAAGGACACUUUGCGGUGCGCGAUGUAUUCUUAUAAAUAGAUCUUACUAGAAUGCUAAGACUGUUAUAGAAAAAAAUGUAACAUACGCUCAAUAAGCUGUAGCGUUUUUUGAAAUUCGCGCGGAUUAUUCCUUUCAGAGGAAUUAUCAAUUCUUUUACUGUAUACGGGUAUUCAUUCCCGUAUCAGUUUCGAGCGGCAAUAGAGCGGAUUGUUCAAAAUUAUGUGUGUCUUUUCGAACAAUCACUUCACGUAGUAUGCAAUAUAUAGAUCAUAUUUUCGAAUUCAAUUUCACAUCCUGCACCCAGUUGGCCAAUUCGCUGUAAUGCCGCUUAUACCUCGAGAUAUUCUGUAACAGGAAAUUAUUCCGAAAAUGAGUUAGCCUAGAGAUAUAGUUUGUUGGUCGGUUGAGCGAUACUUAAAAUUUAAGUGCGAGGAUGGGCUGUGAAUACUGCACUUGAUUAAUAAGUCCGAAUAAGUCGAGAAUAUUGAUGUAUAGAAAAGAACAAAAAACGAAGUAAAAGAAUUUGAAGAAAGAAAUUUACGGUGAUUUAAUUAUUAUUGACAUUAUUACUAUCUCAUCUUGAAUCUCUCGUACAAUUAUAACCUGACAGCACUGCAGCAGUGUUAAUACAAAAAGUUUAUCCCCUCUUCAGAUAUUUUCAAAAGGAGGCCCAAUAUUUUUCAUUUAUGGAUUACAUAAUAUAUCAAUUUUUGGUCAGUAUAAUACUGGAUAAUCUGAAGAAAACACAAUAUACCGACCCUCGUUCAUUGCAGCAUGGAAUCAUAAAUGAAACCUACGCUUAAAAUCAUACACAGAAUUCAGACAGACAUGAGGGCGCCGCUACAGCCUAACUAAUCAUUGCGUUGAUUCGAAAUUCAAUUUUGUGACUCAAGUUAAAAUGUACUUCUAAAGAAAAAACGAUACUUUCCACAGCUUUGAGAAAAAAUGGGUCUUGCGCUCAACAAAACUUUCUUCAGAUUAUAUCUAUAAUAAUUAGACACUGAUCGUUGGUUUGUGAAACUACGAAUAUCGACAGUUUUUUAUUUCGCACAUACUUGUGGCAACCGUAAGAUUGGAUGCAUAUUUAAUUUCAAUUAACAAGGUCUAAUUUUAUUCACAAAAUGGAACUGUAUUUAUAGAAGCAUUGCACGUGAUAAAGCAUAUAUGAGUUUAUUUCCAAUUCCGCUGUAAUGAGCAAAAUGUCUUUGGCAACAAAUUUCCUACUCUAAUUUCCAACGUUCAUGGGACUUCAAUACUUCAUACUUCUUUUCGCAUAAAAAAACAAGUAUAUUUCAAUAACAGAAUUCGAACCAGAAUUAAUUUUCAACAACAUUUUUAUAUUUCUAAGAUCAGUGUCUGAUUAAUUUUACACAAUAGUAAGAAAUUCAAACUUAAUUGGGCUGUAAUUUUGUAUGUAAUAAUUAGAUUAGCUACACCACGACUCAAAUGGUCUAUGUAUGUUUGUUCUAUUGCAAUGAGUCUUAGCGUAAAAAGAAUAACGAAGAAUGCCAUAGUCAAAACUGCCGUACGUCUCUAUGUAUUUAUAAUGGUUCUUAAGACCCACAUAACAGAAAUUGUGUUUACCUACUCAAAUGAAAAUUGCGCAAAAACUGGAAGUACAAGAAAUAAGUUAUAAUCGUAUAAUACAAUGCGACGUCUCAAAAUUCAAAUCAAUUACCAAAACCAUUUAGAAGAUAGUUUAUUGUAUCUCGAAAUUGUUCAACAUGUUUUCACCUGAAUUUAAUUAAUUUGAUUUACAUGAAUAUAAUACCACGGCAGUACUUCCUAUUUGUUUAGUCGCCACAGGUGUACACUACUCACAAGAAAAAGGUGAAUAAUAUCCAGAAUUAUUAUAAUAAAAUAGCAACCAAGUAAUUAUUAUACAAUACGUAUAUACAUAAGUACCAUUAGAAUUCGAGAGCCAGCAGAACAAAAAUGUAAAAACAACAAAUUAACACCAUUUUCCCCUUGUAUGCACGAAGCACUGUCGAUAAAUCUAAUCUGACAUGAGUGAAAAUAUUUUACUUAUUCCAUACUACGAAUUUCGCGACAGAGAAUCAUGCCCUCGGUUAAUAUUUCAAAUAUUCCUUGCCACGUAUAAGUCAUUUUCCUGAAACUUGACAAGAGGAGGAUAUCGAUCAACAGGAUGUCAUGACUGUUGCUUAAAUUAAAAUGGUGCAAAUAUCGCCCCGGUCACUGAAGGGAAAAUAAGGUUGUUAAUUUCUUGUGCCUUACAAGGCGAGUAUCAGACCUCCGGAUCACGAAUUUUGCUGAAACUUCUGGGGGUGUUUCUUUCCCUCGAAAUAUUGGGCUUCUGAUAUGUAGUUUCAUGCAUUGAGCCGUUCUUCACUUGGCUUAAAAUUGAUUGUAUUUUCGUGAAUGAAAUAGCCUGUUGUGUAUUGUCGCCUGAAAUAUUAAUCUUCAUUGUCCUUUUGAAGUUUCGCAGACACGUUUUCAUAGAUUCAAGUGUAAACAGAAAUAUUAUUAUUUUGAAGCCAUAGUGAAGUAUGAAUUGCGCAUUUUCGACUGCCUGAUAUAUUGUAAAUCUAGCGAACGAAAACCCAAUGGAUACAACUACACGUCAGAAGUUUCACAUUUUGGUCCAAAGAAACAACCCUAGGAGUUUGAGCGAAAUCUGUGAUUCUGAGGUCUGAUAAUCUCCUUGUUAAUCAGAAGGCAAGUUCACAAAGAAAGACAGUAGUUUUAUUUACCGAUAUUAAUAGUUAUACUGUAUCAAAGUAUCCUGGUUCAAGAAAUAAAUGAUAAACCAGUA